CACAAUAGAAUAGUGAUUGUGGUGAUAUAUUUUAUAACGAAGGUGAGUUUUAGCUUUGAAUGUUUAAUAAGCUGACGUGUAAUUUCAUGUUUUAAUAUAAUUAUUUACAUGCUCAGAUUACAUUGCAGGAAAGUAACAGCAAACGUUGACCUUUUGCAACGCCCUAGUCCCUAGACACUCAAAAAUUCAAUAAUGGCGAUACUGUCUUGUUAGCGAGGAAAAUCCUGGGCUAACAACAAAACUGGACCAAGGUAGCUCCAUGCCGGUGUAGCUCAUAUUGUAUUUAUUAUAUUAAAUAAAUGCCAAUGAUAAGAAAGAUUGAUACAACUACCUGAAAAGUACAAGGAGAACUUCAACGUACUACCUUCACUACAAACUUACUGACGAAGGGCCUUUGCUCGAAACGUUGAAGUUUGCCAAGGCUUGGGCACAGAUGAUAGAUAAUACCAGAUGUCUUACUCAGCCAAAAUUGUGUCUGUGAUUUUUUAUGAGCACACGUUGGCCGCCAUUUUGGCAGUAAGUGUAAUCCACGCCAUGAAACGUGAGCAAUCACACAUUUUGGCAGUAAGCGCCAUUUUGGCAGUAAGUGUCGCAUGCGUCAUCUGGCGUGAUAGGCUCGCGAAAAUCGCGGACACGAAAAUCAUGAUUCAUCGUCAAAACGCUGACUCCCAUGGUCCUAGACAGUGCGCGUUUGAGAGGCAUUCCCCCCUGAACGUCCGCCAUUUUGAAUAUUAUCAGGCGGGUGAAUGCCUCUCAAACGUGCACUGGCUAGGACCAUGGCAUCAGCAUUUGAUGACGAAUUACGGGUUACGCCAAAAUCAUAGGAAAACCCAAGAAGUUGGCCUUCUGUGCACCCUAUUCUGUGGCUUGGGUCACAGAAUAAGGCACACAGAAGGUAGACUCGAGUAACAUCAUUUAAUCAGUUUAGAAAUCAUAUAUGGGGUCCAUUUCGUAGAGACAUGUUAAACUGAUCUCCUUACGAGAACAGUUCAUUCACAAUUAGCUGCAAUCAGUUCAACUACUGAGCUUGAAACUGGUGUUCCCAUUAAGCUUUAGAGUUAAAGGUUUGCAAAGUGACAACCUUUUUUGAAUUGGCCAAAAAAGGAGGGGGGCGGGUGUGCACCCCCAAAUUUUUCCUUCCUUGGCAGGUAGUUGUAUCCCUAUCAAUCUGCAGGUAGUGCUCAUUGCAGCUUACAAGUACUUGCUAUAUUAAUACAGUGGCAAAUAGUGUACUGGUUAACCAUCGCCCAUACUUUCCCGUAAACAAAAUUUCUGGUAUUAUUAAAUAAGGUGCAUUAGGGCUCAUUGUCGCUUUAUUAUUCAUUGGUUAGAGUUGUCAAGUAUGGUCACCGUGGUAAAUGGCAGUAACUUUUUGUAGCAAAGAAGGAUUGGUUUAAUUAUCAUUAGGAAUAUAGCUAGAGUCACUGAUGCCUGCCUCAAUAUUAGCAGUCUGUCAUGGAAAUUAAUAUUUCCAGUACAAAUUUGUGAUUACUUUUAUAAAUGACAGUUGAAAAUUUGAUUGUGUCAGUCACUUAGUAAAAAUUGUUGUUCUUAUUGGAAAAUUAACUAAUCUUCCCAAAAUUAUAUACAUUAAUUGAAUCUAAAUUUAGGACAGGUCACAGGCAGGAAUCGAACCUGUGGCCCUGUGAUUCCGGUACAGUGCUCUAACCAACUUAGAGAGCUGCCCCAUAAUCGCAGGGCCACAGUGAGGUUUGAUUUUGCAGCUGUUCCUGUUAAUUUAAUUAAGUCUAAUAAAUCAAAAUUCCAAUAACAUAAAAGUAAAGUGAACACAUCCCAGAAAAUACAGAUGUUGACUGUUACAGUUGCCUGUUACAGUUGCCUCCCGAUUUCAGGUUAACAAUAACUUGUUAUUACUUGAUGUAAAAUUAUAAUAUAUGUAACAUAAAAUAAAUGCAAUAAUUUUGUAAUCUGUGAUAUUUAUAGAAAAUGAAUCGCAUACCUGAGUUUACAGGUUGGAUCUAUACACUACCUCAAAAAUUAAUAUAUACUGUAUGUAAUUGGUAUUCAAUAAUAGAAAUGAAAUAUUUGUUCAGUGGAAAGUUUGAACAUAUUUUUUAAAAAUGUGUAUUUUUUACAAAAAAGGCCAUCAAGACAUCAUAAUGAUUGUAGUACCGGUAGUAAAGCUUUUCAUUUCAACUUGGCCAUAAAACGAACUUCUCAUUUCGUCAUAUUUUUAUGUUUAAUAAACUUGAUAAUGACCGAGCGUUGUAGAACAAAUAUGUACUCAGCUGUCAUUGUGGAUGUAUAAGAUAUUUUGUGAAUUAAUGGGAACAAUUUCUCAAUUAUAAGUCACGCUACAUAUUGGAACAUGAAAACUGAAGUUGAGAACGACAGUUACAUGGAUAUGUAGGUGUAGGUAAGAUAUGUUACUGCUUCAAACUCUUUCUUACAAAAUUUCAUGAUUUGAGCGUCUCACUCAAUACAACUAAUUGUUGAAGAGCUUUGUCGAUGGAAAUUUUGAGUGCAAUUUUUUUAUAAAUUUUUUCGCAACUGUUCCUGGUUACAUGUAUGCCUGGUUAGGCCUAAUGAAUGUAUAAAUUCCAUCUACAAAUAUUACUAAAAUAUUCACACAAUUUCACAUUAUUUCACAAUUUUACAAUUUCAUAGUAUUCUUUUAACUGAUCCAGCUGUCACUGUUCCUUGACAACAUGUUUUAAACCCUGUAACUAAAUAUUAAAUAGACCUUUCCGGUAAUUACGUCACAGCUACACUGUUUUCAACUAAUUAGGACUACCUUAAAUGAAUGGAUUUUAAGUUUGUUUCUCACAGGCUAUGGUCAGAGAAGCAGAACAUCCUUCGUCAACACAUGCAUAAAAAAUAAUUUUUGAUUUUAAAUGUGGAAAUAAGCUUAAACACGAAAAUGAGGCCGAGGGGCCAUGACCCCCUUUUGGCCCUUCAGUCUCGUUUUUGUGUUUAAGCUUAUUUCCAUAUUUAUUGGUCAAAAUCCAAAAUUCUUUUUUAUGCAUGUGUUGAAGAAGGAUGUUCUGCUCCUCUGGCCAUAGCCCGUGAGAAACAAACUUAAAAUCCAUUCCAUUUAAGGUGGUCCUAAGUUAAAAACACUGUGUUAGUCGUGACGUAAUUACCGGAAAGGUCUAUUGCUGUUGUAUGGUUGCAUGGUUGCAUAUUCAUGCUCAUUCUUUACGCAAUGACGUCAGUGUUUGCAGACUAGAGGAAUAAGGACGUGUCAAUUUUGUGUAAUGAUGUCAUUACGAAGGUAUACUCGAUAUUUUGAUGUAUGUAUACCCCAUAAGGACAUUUCGCGUAUCUGCGCAUGUGUACUGUGGAAUAUUACAAACUUGGCUUUGACUUUGUGUUUGCUCACAAAUGCAUACAGUGGAAUAAUUGGCCAUCAUUUGUUCGAAUUUAUAAGUGCUUACGUCAUGCAAUGGACAGUGCAUUGUGGGAUAGUUUUGCAUCAAUAAUUUAUUGUUUGAAAAUUAGAUAACAUAAACACUUGUAAGGUCAUUGCGAAUGCAUUUGAAGUUGACCAGCAGUUUUACUAAAAUUCCUACUUUAUAUUUGUUUUUAGUAUUUCCUGAAUCACUGAAUUCCAAGAAUGACCUUAAAGAAUAUUUACAGAGCUCAAGCAAACCGUUUCAACUUGAGUGAUGACGUCACAAGCAGUGAGGAUGAUGGGGGUGAAUCAGGAUCAAACGAGGGUAUAUCCCCAUCUAACUAUGAUGAACCCCUAAUACCCCCAAGACGGAAACACAAGAUGUAUCAUGUUCGCGGCAAAAUGAAAACAAAAUCAGGCAACUUUACUUGGAUUGUUUGUUUUAUUUUAACUUUAGUUUGUGUUGUGGGCGUGCUAUUAAUUAUGGUUGAUUGGUUUCUUGACCAAACUAAGUCUCACCAGAAAAAUACUGACAGUAAUAUGAUGUCAGUUACUAAUAAUAGUAACCAAUCAAAUAUCCAGCCUUGUACGAGCUUCAAUUCGCGAGAGAUAUGGCAUAAGAUUAUUCCUAAGUUAAUGACAGAGACAGCAAUAAGACUGAAUGAUGUGAACGAAGACAAUGUCACUGAUAUUUUGAUUGGAUUUAUGACUGUAUUAGAUGGUUAUUUUGUUGGUGGUGUUCCAAGGAAAGCUUGUGAUAUUUAUUUCAAUGGUUCCUUUCCAUGUUUUGGUGGAAUCUUGGCUCUCGAUGGUCGCACGGGUCGUCAACUAUGGCGACACUAUACCAUACAUGAAGUAUUUGCAAUAAACUGCAAUGCGGACCUCGAUGAUGACGGUGUUCGUGACUGUUUAAUCGGAGGUCGGGCUGGUGUGUUUGAAGCGAUCAGUGCUCGACAUGGCACGUUAUUGUGGAGGUUUGGUAAAGAUAACCCGGGAUUUGAGGAGAUAAUGGGGAUAUAUACAGCUCAGUUUGUACGUGACCUUGAUGGAGAUGGUGUCGCAGAUAUCCUUGCAGCGCAUGGUGGUGAUCCACUCAGGUGCGUCCGACCAUUUCCGAAUUACGGCCGAAUACCCACAGACAGUAGCCUGAGAACGGGCUUCGUGCUAAAUUGUAAUGUUUCUAUAUCAAAUUAGUACUGAGCCUCGACUUGGUGUUAUUGUUCUUCACAAUUAAAACGUAAUGCAGAAAUGAUCUAUUAAUUGUACAUUCAUUGAUUAUUCAAUUGUUUGAUUUAAACAAUAUUUAAUUAAUAAAAAGGAAAAUUUUUCCAAAAGCCUCAGGCUUAUCGUGGGAAAUCUUGUCAUACAAUAUAAUAUUAGAAGGUUAACAAAAAUUGACAUCACAUUGUAUUCAAUUGUUUGGGUUAUUGAUUCACGGUUGAACAUGUUACACAAAGCAAUAGUUGAGCAAUGCUAGCCAUUUCAGAAAAACUACGAAAACGGAAAAACUGCGAGUCUGAGGCUCACGUUUUAUUCUGUCGUCUAUUUGUAAUAGCUAUGCAAUAGGGGAAAAAAAUUCUUAAGAAUGAAGAAUAUCAGAAUGAAACGCAGGACCAUUGGCAUUGUUUUAUUAUCAGCACAUUCCUACACAAAAUAAAAUUUUGUCAGCAAUUGCAUUUAAAGGCCACAGGGCAGGUAAGUUCCUAGGCCCUUCCCCGUUCUCGGCUUUAGAGCCCUUUAUCUUUUUACUGAUGACCUAAUUAUAUCAAGGUUUUAAAAUUAUCUUCUACCUGGCAAGGAAUAUGAACUUUGUUUUCUCUACUACCUCAGUACUACGCGCUAUAGUGACAGCCAUAGUAGUCAUGGAGUGAAUUUAUCAUUGAAGUCAUUGUAAAAAGAUAAUCCAUCGAAAAUUAGGAGAAUCAAAUAGUUGCAUUAAAUUAUAUAUUCUGCAUUAUAUUUUGCUACCAGUGCUAAAGGGAGUGGUACACACACUGUUUUGCGCUCUAAUUUAUUACACACACUGUUUUGUCAUGUAAUCUAAUGUAAUUUCGUAAAUGCGUCGUUACAUGUAUAACAAGAUAAAGGACUCUAAAUCCAAUAUCUCGAUCAUGAAAACGAGUACUUUCCGGAAGGGUGUAUACAACCUCGGCUGGAUAUAGUUUUGCAGCACAAUCGUGUAACACGGGUCGAGGUCCUAACUAUUCUAUAUUUGCAGUGAGCCAAACAGUGACAAAAGAUUGGUUGGAAAACUAUUUUUAUUUUCUGGCAAGUCAGGCCAUGUCUUGAAAUGGCAAAAUGUUCCAGAUAAACGAGAAACCUAUUUUUCUCCUGUGGUUUAUUCCACAUCGAAUGGAACUGAUAUUGUGCUGUUUGGGACUGGGGGUGAGACCCACUUUGGUUCAUUGUGGGCUAUUGAUGUGAUGCAACUCUAUCAUGGACAUAUCCAUAGGGCAGUGAUCGUUUACUCGGAUAAAUACAAAGGUAUGCUUGCAACGAUAACUUGGACCAAUUCUACAGUAAGGUGUCGUGGUUUGUGUCUUAACUAUCUUGCACAAGAUUUAAACCAAUCUUGCACAAGAUUUAAACCAAUCUUGCACAAGAUUUAAAACAAUCUUGCACAAGAUUUAAACCAAUCUUGCACAAGAUUUAAACCAAUCUUGCACAAGAUUUAAACCAAUCUUGCACAAGAUUUAAACCAAUCUUGCACAAGAUUUAAACCAAUCUUGCACAAGAUUUAAACCAAUCUUGCACAAGAUUUAAACCAAUCUUGCACAAGAUUUAAACCAAUCUUGCACAAGAUUUAAACCAAUCUUGCACAAGAUUUAUACCAAUCUUGCACAAGAUUUAAACCAAUCUUGCACAAGAUUUAAAACAACUGAAACAAUUGACGUUUCGAGAUGAGUUGUUUCGUCAGGAUGUUAAUAAUGAGCUUGAAGAAGCGAUGUUUUUCAGUUUUUCUUAACACGGACGUCACCCGAAAAUGGUAGAACUAAGGAAGCAAAAAAACUUUAAAAAUGUUCAAUAUUACGACAAACACAGUUUUUAGUCCAGUCCCCCCUCGGCAAUCUGACGUCCGUGUUGACAAAUACGUCGCUUGCUUAAACUCGCUGUUAGCACUUGAAGGAUCUUCGCUCAAAAGACUGAAAUAUUUAGAAGCAAUUGUUCAGGUAGACACGAACCAAGGCAGCUUAUUCAAACUCCUCAUAACACUGAUUAGUUGAUGGGUAUGGUAGAUGGAAAUUAUCGAGUGGAAAUUCUUAUACAUUUAUUAGACCCAAUCAGGAACAGCUACGAAAAAUGCAACUGCAGGUCCCUGGCAGGAAUCGAACCUGCGGCCCUGCGAUCAUUCCGGUGCAGUGCUCUAACCAACUGAGCUACAGAGGCCAGUUGUCGAGCUCUAACCAGAAGUUCAUGUAUAUAUUAUAUACAUGUUUUAGGUUAUGGGUAAAAUCUCGAUAUUUAUGUAUAUAAAUUUCCACUCGAUAAUUUCCAUCCACAAGACCCUUCAACUAUUACUGAAUCGAGAGAGAUGCCAACAAAAUCUCGAUAUUUUACCCAUAUACUGAUUACCCUUUUGUUUCAUACACCUACUGUACGUUUAACAAUUAUUCGCCAUUAUCGGGGAAUAUUCGCCGAGACGAAGUCAAGGUGAAUGUUCCCCGAUAAUCACCGAGCCUGAGGCGAAUAAUUGUUUUAGUAUUUUUACACAAGUCUUUGUGUUUUUUGGGACUGAAUUUAUUUUAAUUUCGCUUAUUUCUUUAUCAGUAACUUCCACAAAACGGCUAGCCGCCAUUUUGAAAAUUUCGGUUUUGUUAUAUUCACUUAUAUUCACCUGUAGGUGAAUAUAACAGCUUGAUACGUCAAAUUUGACCAAUCAACUUGCAGGAUUUGUUAUAUAUUCACUUGUGCAAAAAUACUAAAAGUUGAUAGCAGCACUUUGUUGCUGAAAUGUUUAAUAUCCUGUGUAAAUAUUCGUAAUAAUAAUAAUAAAAUAAUAAUAAUAAAGUGAUGGGUAUAACAUCUUGAGCUUGGACCCUGUUGAAUACACAAAUACGCGGAGACGAAAGCGAGUGAUUGUAUAAAAUCCAACGCGCAUGUAAACUGGUUUACAAUCAUUCACGGUUGUUGACGCAAGAUUUGUGUAACUAUAGUUCAAUAUCAGGAUUUUGGCCAUCGCACUCGAUAUAGAACUAAUUGGUGAAUGGAUUUGUAGAUGGAGAUUUAGACCUGGUUAGGUUCCACUCGACUCGAAAUUUCUAUGUACAAAUCCCUUCACAAGUAACUCUAGUUCGCAUUUUCAUAACACAUGCAUGGGGUUGAUAAAAGCAUGAUAAUGCACAACCUUGCAGAGCAGCCUCUCUACUUCCGCUUAGUGUGUUUGGGAGGGAAGUAGAGAGCCUGGCUUGCGAAGUUGGAUAAUGCAUCAUGGGUAUACAAGCGCAUUAAUAUGCGUAGCUUCUGCACUUUGUUUAUUAUUUAUGCCAAUGUAACUCCUGCGUCAUGGUUGUGUAUUUUAUUCCAGGUGUAAUGGUCCCACCAGUUCUAGCAGACAUCAACAAAGACGGAACAGUUGAUAUUAUAAUGGCGAUGUUUAAUGCAACUAUCGUAGCUUUUGACGGCGAAACAUUCAAGAUAAUAUGGCAGUACACAUUUCCUGGCAGUGAAACUUACAGGUAUAACUAUACGUUUGUUAAAAAAACACCUUAAAAUACGAACAGCUGAUAUAUUUUCUGGCGCUCAACCUGAUCCAGUCGAAUACUCUCUAAGGGUGGGUGCCUCUGGCGUUUUGCCUCAUGUCUGAUCGCAGGGCUCAGCUGCAGUGCGGGCGCAGUUUGGGGUUUAUCCUCCUGUCAACAUUCCCUGUUGAAGGAAACCAGAAUACCCGGAUAAAACCCACCAUUUUUGGUAGAGCAUUGCCUGGCAAUGACCGGCUUUUUUUCACAUCGAACUCGCGAUCUCAGAGGUAAAAGGCGCAUGUUCUGACCAUUACCCCACUAACCAAGGACAACACUAAGACGCAAGGACAACACUAAGACGCCCAUCAAACAUUCAGAAGGAGUACCUGGAGAAAACCAACUGUUUUUAGUUGAAAAUAAAAGCACUCCCCCCCCUGACACAGCUAGCCUGCACAUGCAGCAUUGUCAACCUCACUGAGAAUAUUGUGUUUCUCUUGCAGUACUCCAGCAGCAGGAUACUUCAAUGAUGAUGAUGUUCCUGAUUUCUUUGUUCGUUUUAAUCAUGGCAAAGGUUUUCCAUUAUAUUAUUACUCCGAGGUAGGCAGUGCACCAUUAUCCUGCUAUACCGCAUUAACUUAUCGCCCUGGAUCAGGGUUUUUUACGUUUUGCUGAAGCUAUAGCCUGCACACAGGCGCUAUAAAAGUCCCACCAGUAAACCUCUGAACCCAGGGUAACUCGUCUGGGGCCGGUUGUUCAAAGAUGGAUUAACGCUAACCCUGGAUUAGUUUUGGUUAUCUGCACUUCUGUUUAUUUCAAAACUUUAGAAAAUAAAAGUUCUAUUGAUUCAGUCAUAAAUUCUGGAAAACUAUGAUCAUGUUUAUAAACAACCUGAUGGAACGUUUGUUCCCCUGUGUUUAUUAUUAAUUUUGUUACACCAGAUCACAGUCCUUGAUGGCGUCACCGGCAAACCAAUAUCUCCAUCUUACUUCAAGAGCUCAGUCAUGUCCAAUGCAUCACCACUGUCCAUAAGUAUGACAGGCGCUGGUAAUGACGUAUUUGUGUACUGGAUCGCAGACUGCGUUGGUCAUGAAGGAAAAGGGGACUGGUUUGAUUUCGUGGAAGGAACAAACGUGCAUGAACAAAGUCGUGCUGAUACGUGUAAACUGCGAUAUAAAACCAAGAGUUUUAGUCGAUUGUCAGUCAUGAAUAGACAGACUGGCUUUCCUGGACAUACCAUUUAUGAUUCAUGUAAGUCUUGCCUAACUUUUUGCUGUAGUGUAUUAAACCUAAGUAAUGUUGAAACCAAGCUGCCGUGUGUCCGCGUUUUAGCUGUCCGUUAAACUCGGCAAUAACUGGAGAUGUCCAUUGUUUAGAAAAAUCGCCCACAAUUUAUCGUUUGCUGUCCAAAAUUAUUGGAAAAUAAUAAAUAGUAACGGGCAUUGAGAAUAGUCAACAAAAACAAAAAUAUGACAUUGAUUGGCACUUCAUACUUAGUUUCAUGUUUUACAUUUCUCUGUAGUGGUAAAUGAAUGGUUAGAACAUGGUUUGUCAGGCAACAAACGAAACAACGCCACCAAACAACGUCGCCAUGUUGGUCCACCUGAUCAUGGAGGAUUUCAGAGACUGAUUCAAACCGGAAGUAUAACUGCUACGUUCCCUGACAACCAUGAAUCAAAAGCCCCCAAGGGUAUUGACGUCUUGAUGGUGACGUAUUGGAUGUAUCCAGCUAAAGUGAGAAUAAUCACAGAAAAACAGAAGGAAUGUAUUGAACAUUAUCGCAAUCUUAGUAGACAAGGUAUGGAAAUUAAAGUUCAUAAACUAAAUGUCUUCAGCUGUGUAGGAACUUCAGUUUUCGCUUGCUGAAAUAUCAGGGUAGCGGUCUUUGAAAUCCUUGAAAGUCUUUGAAUUUGAAUGCAUGUCUUUAAGGUCUUUGAAAAGUCUUUGAAUUGUGUGAAAAAGCGAAGAAAGUCUUUAAAAGUCUUUAAAAUUAAUUAUUUAGUGAGUAUUUGAUUAUACGAUUUCCUAUAGCUAAUAAAAUAGAUUGAUUGAAGAGCAAGGUUUUCGCAAAUAUCGACGAAAAGGUACAUUUUAAGAUGUGAUGUGGCUGGACUAAUCACUGGGCAAAAAUGGUGCUUACACUCGCAAGUUUUCGACAGCUGCAUGAUUGCUCUCAAAGGUCUUUGAAAAGUCUUUGAAAAUAGGCAGAAACAAUCUUUGAAAGUCUUUGAAUAUUUUUGGUCUUGGAGACUACGAACCCUGAAUAUUGAGCCUACAUUGUCUCACUAUCAUAUCUGUAUAGCUCCUCUUGUAUAGGAAUAUCGCCUGUGUAUAGAUAUGAUAUUUUUAUAAGUCUCUCAGGCCUGUUUUAUACGUCGUAUUUCGGUCGCGUCGAGUGCAAUUCAAACAAAAGAUAAUGAAGCUUAAUGAGGUUUAUCAUCUCAUAAUCUAUUGUCUUAAUUGCAUUCGACGCGACCAAAAUUCGACGUAUAAAACAGGCCUCAGACUCCCGGUUGAGGAAAUCAGAUUCGUUUUCAUCAAGUGAUUCGACCCCAUUAAUUAAGUUCACGGCAAAUGGGAGGCAUAUCAUGCUUGGCCUGUUGCAAACCAGUAUAGACACAGGAUGAAGAUAACAGACUGGAGUGUCAAAACGUUGGAUUGAGAAUUAUAAUUGCUCAGAGAUCAGAGAGAGUGAGAGAGUGAGUGAGAGAUUGAGAGAGAGAGAGUGAGUAGCCCAACGUGUCUCGAAGUGUGCGAGAUUUCUUUAUUUGUUCCUAAUUUCUGACCUGUGCUGUUCAGUUGAGUCUGGAUGAUUUUAUUCUGCAUAAUCAAACAACUGUAUGAACUGCAGAAAUGCACAGGGCUGAAGUGAAACACAAAUUCACUAACAACUACGCAGGGCCGCCGGGAGGUUGCGCGGGGCCCGGGGCAAAACUUUCCCAGGGGGGUCCUAUGACGUCAUAUUGAUAUAUUGUUUCACAAUAUAUUCCACUUCAUUGCAUCAUAAUGUUGUACUUCAUUACAUCACCUCAUUUAUGUACUCAGUUGUAAAGCAAUCUUCUAUCAAGAAAUUUUAAGGGCCCUGGACAAAGUACCCCCUGCCCCCCCCCCCCGUUUCGACGGGCCUGCAACGACGUAGGCUGCUAUGCCACCAACAUCCUAUAAAUUACUCAAGGAGAUUUUUUAUUUUUCAGGAAAGUUUGAGAAUACAGUGAAUAUUACAGCAAAUAUGAACAAAGGUCACUAUGACGAAGGAGAUGCAGCAACUAACUUGUGUCUCGAGAAAAACCAAGAUAAAGAAACAUUUUAUAUCAGCCAAGGAAACUAUGAUUAUAAAUCACUGAGGUUUGGUAACCUUACAGUGUACAGAUUUAGACUAGAAUGUCAAUGUGAAAGUCUUAAACACUCAGAAACAUGCAGUGACUUUCUACCUAUGGAUAAACAGGGGUGGGGAGGCUAUAUGGGGACAUUAGGUAAUUCCUACUUUAUCCCUAAAUAUUAAUAAUUUCUAUUCAUUCAUUCAUUCAUUCAUUCAUUGCACUGUGUAAUCGCUGCACAAUCCCUCCAUGGAUUCCCUUGGUCACAGUAGUCCCGACUAUGUAGCCAAGGUGACCAAUGUAAAACACUAACGUUGUCAAUAUAUUUCUGCACAAAAGACAAAUUAUGAGAACCAAUUCAGCCUGAAAUUUGGAAAAUGCUAGUUAUGUCAACGUGAGUACACUUGCACUGUACCUGAUUUUUAUAGAGUGUAGAAUCUACAUUAGAGUCAUGAAAUACAAAUUCAUAUUUUGAUCAAAAUGUAAGAACCUGUUCACCCUGACAUGGAAAAUAGUAGGUUCUUAUAACGCGGGAUUUUACUGUAUUAUAGAUAUAGACAAUGCUUUUUAUACGACUGUUUAUCUAUGCAAACCUGAAAACGUUGGGAUAAAACUUUUGAUGUUCCAAACUGUAAAAACAACGGGAAACAACAGUGCAACUCAGUUCUGUUCUCAGUUGUAAGCUCGCAGUCUACCUCGGUCUGCUUCACGCCAGUUCCGGCUCUAAUGUAACCAGUCACUGAAAAACCCUGAUAGGGGAGUGUGCUGAGUGAUAUAUGUAUGAUGUAGUUCAAUGAUGUGACUCAGUUCAAUGAUAUGACUUCACAAACUUUUUAGAGUCUGCAACGUGCUCCUCCACUGCAGUUCAACUUCAUUUCAUGAAGCCUAAAAUGUACGACCGCAAAGUUCCAAGCUAAAAAGUUUUUUUAUGAAGAGCUGUCGGUUUCUUCUUUCUAAAACUAAUAAACUGCUCGUGUAUUGAUAAACAAAUUCUCCAAUAUACCUCACUAAACGCUUCGUUUUUGGAGCAGUGUUGUAUUCGUGGUUGUAAAACGUUAAAAAAUUAUAAGCACUGCAGUAUUUGUGCCUUCUAUUUCCGUAAUUACUCGCUGGGGUACCUGUGUUCCCGGACGAGUAUUGUUGUCACGAUCACGGAUCUCCAAUCGUCGAUAUGGCCAAAAUAGAAAAUUAAUGAGCUGCUUGAUCCACAGGCGGCCCAAUCUCGCAAGGGUCAGUAUAGACUUAAAUGUAUAUUAUAGUAAUGUAUGUUAUAGUAAAAAUAUGUCAUAAAAUAUAAAUUUUAAAAUGAAAUUGACUUGCCUAUUUGAUAGUGUGUGUUUUCCUUGUAUUCCUCCUUUGUUGUACUAAUAUUUUCCAAGACUUUGUACUCGAUGUUACUAGUAUACAUGAAACAUGAUAAAGGCUAACGAUUCCCGAUCGUCGAUACGACGGCACCGCACUUCGAAUCGAAAAUUCUCACACUCAAAUCGCUUUAUUCUCCAAAACAAUUCGCCAGCAUGUACAACAAAUGCCGUUCUUCGAAAAUACAGAGGUAUUUCGGCGAGAUGUACAAGUUUUCG